AGACAAUGUCCGCCAUUUUGAUUCGAAAAUAUGACGGGGUUUCUUUCGCUGCCCUGAGUGCCCGUGAGGCCGGCGGCUCAGCUCUGCGACGGCUUUCUCUCCCCGUUUACUUGCGAAGGACUCUGAAGUCAAAAGUCCCAUGCUGAUUAUUGAAAGGCUACGUCUGGCGUUCUGCAAUCUGCGAGACAAAUGUUUCUCAACCAGUGGAAGAGGAUUCAUUAAGGAUACAGUUAUUUUAUACAAAGGUCUGUACGGCCAGCUGCCAUGUUCUGGAAGUUCGACCUGCACGCCACGUCCAACGUGGACAAGUUGCUGGAUAAGGAGGACGUGACACUGCGUGAGCUGAUGGACGAGGAUGAGGUCCUGCAGGAGUGCAAGUCCCAGAAUCGCCGGCUGCUCACCCUCCUCAGCCAGGAUGAGUGCAUGCGGGAGCUGGUGGAGCUCAUCACUCGGGAGCCUCCAUUGGACGUUGAGGAGAAGCUCCGUUUCAAAUACUCCAACAUCGCCUGCGAGCUCCUGACGUCAGAUGUGAGCCAGAUCAACGAGAAGCUGGCGGGGAACGAGUCCCUGCUGGAGGGGCUCUACGGCUUCCUGUUGCAGCAGCCCCCUCUCAACCCGCUGCUGGCCAGCUUCUUCACCAAGGCCAUCGGCAACCUCAUCGUUCGCAAGACCGAGCAGGUCAUCGCCUUCUUAAGGAAGAAGGAUGAGUUUAUCAGUCUGGUGCUGAAGCACAUCAACACCUCUGCCAUGAUGGACAUCCUCCUGCGACUGAUCAGCUGUGUGGAGCCCGCACCUCUGAGACAGGACGUGCUCAACUGGCUAAACGAGGAGAAGCUCAUCCAGAGGCUGGUAGAGCUCAUACGCUCUGGGGUCGACGACGAGAGGCAGUCGAAUGCCUCGCAGACCCUCUGCGACAUCAUCCGCCUGGGUCGUGACCAGGCCACACAGCUGCCGGAUGCCGUGGAGUCGGACCCACUGCUCGGCACACUGGAGUCGCAGGAGAGCGUGUCGGAGCUGCUGAGGAACAUGUUCGAUGGUGUCAAAAGCGAGACCUGCAUCGUCAACGGCACUCAAGUGCUCCUCACACUGCUGGAAGUGAGGAGGCCCGGGGUGGAGGGCCUGAUGGACCUGUCUUCUCAGGGAUAUGAACGCUCUUGCACUGUCAGUAGCAGCAUAUUAGAUGCUAUUGAACCUCAUCUGAAAGACUUCCAGCAAUUGCUCCUGGACCCCCCCAAGAAAGCCGCCAUCCUGACCACCAUCGGGGUGCUGGAGGUGCCACUGGGGAAUGCCCGGCUGCAUGCGGCACGCCUGGUGGCCUCUCUGCUGCAGUGCUGCACGCUCGCCAUCAGCCAGGAGCUCUGCCGCUUGGGCACCGUCGACCUACUGCUCGAUUUAUUUUUUAAAUAUACCUGGAAUAACUUCUUGCACUUACAAGUGGAGCUGUGUGUGAUGGCCAUCCUCAGCCGCUCUGGGCAGGAGCAGAAAGAGGAGGUGGACAAGGACAAAGGGACGGGGGAGACGGCUGAGGCCUCGGGCAGCAGCACCCUGGUGGCUCACCUCUUCCAGAAGUGCCGUCUGGUGCAGAGGAUACUGGAUGCCUGGGAGGAAAACGAGAAAAUUCAAGCUGAAGGUGGCAUGAGACGAGGAAACAUGGGCCACCUCACUCGAAUCGCCAACAUCGUGGUGCAGAACCUAGAGAAGGGGCCGGUGCAGGCCCAGAUCAGCGACCUCAUCAAAGAGCUGCCCGAGGACUGUAGAGGGCGCUGGGAGAGCUUCGUGGAUGAGACCCUGACAGAAACCAACAGGAGGAACGCUGUGGAGCUGGUCAGCGCCCACAAUCUCCACUCCUCCAGCGAGGACGAUGACAUGGAGAGCCCUUUCCCGAACGAGCUGUCCCUCCAGCAGGCCUUUUCAGACUAUCAGAUCCAGCAGAUGACGGCCAACUUUGUAGAUCAGUUUGGGUUCAAUGAUGAGGAAUUUUCAGACCAUGACGACAAUAUCAAUGCCACGUUCGAUAGGAUUGCGGAGAUAAACUUCAAUUUAGAUGCCGAUGACGAGAGUGCUAACUCCGCUGUGUUUGAGGCCUGCUGUAAAGAACGAAUACAACAGUUUGAUGACGAGGAGGAAGAAGAUAUCUGGGAGGACGGAGAGAUCAACUAUGCAAAACAAGUCCGUUCGAGGACGAGAUUCGGGGUCUCUCUCAGCACGGAAGGUUCCUGCAAGGCCAAGGUGGAGAACGGGGCUCGUGAGCACAGCCUGGCCCCAGGUUCAGAUGAAGAUGACGAGCAGCUGGAGCCCAGUAAGGCGGCCACGCAAAUGGAGAACACCAAAAACAAGAACCCGGGAGACCAGCAGGCCUGCUCUCCAGAAAGUCCGGGCUGGACAGCUAACUUCGAGGACCAGGCGAAGGAGCCCAGCCCCAGUGUGGCGGUGGACGUCGGCUCCAGCGUGUGGGACUCAGUCGCCCCCCAACAGAACUCAGCCGGGGCCGAAGAAAAAGGCUGGGCGAAAUUCACAGACUUCCAGACCUUCUGUUGCUCGGAGUCUGGCCCUCGAUGCAGCUCCCCCGUGGACUCUGCGAAGAACAGCUCAGAAGGACGUACUCUGCAGAACCAGGAUAAGAGCACCAAGGGCUCGUCCCCCUGUGCAUGGAACGUAUGUGGUGCCAGAAAGGCCCCCCUCGUCGCCUCCGACAGCAGCUCCUCUGGUGGCUCGGACAGUGAGGAGGAAGAGGAUUCGGGCAACAUCGUCACGGAGACCAUCACCACAGGUGCCGGGAAGGAGACGGUGAAGCUCAGCGUGGAUGCCAAAAGUGAGAAGGCGGUCUUCAAGAGGGUGUUUAAGCCUGCAGAUGCAGGUACCGAUGUUGACUCCCUGCCUUUGGACAAGUUGGCUGUCACGGAUGGGCCCCAGAGGGCUGCGACUGACCCGCUCAGCACCACCGCGUCCAGCAGUGCCGGGGAUCUCGCUGUGACUGGCAGGAAAGGGGAUGCACCCCCGUCAGCGGAGGCCUCUCUGAACGGACCAGCCUGAAGCAUCAGGACAGGUCGGACCUCCUCUACCGCUUCCAUUUUACUCCAGGAACCUCGAUACAACUCUUGUGAUUAUUAAAAAAAUAAAAGAAAUUGCUGCAACCCUGUUGCACCCUGCCAAUCAGGACCAUUAGAGGAAGGGGGCGGGGUUGCCUACGGGAUGAUGGGUAAGGACUGAAGCGUGGGGCGAACUUAAAACAAAUGAAUACAUCUUGCAGAAAUGUCUUUUUAGCCAGUGUUGAAAUUGUACUGUUUUAAUGUAGCAGUCAACUUCUGAUGAUAGUUUCAAAGGAUUCAACGUUUUCUUCAUUUCCUGGAAGAUCUGACUCUCUCCAUAUAUAGAUAUAUCUAUCAUAUAAUGUAUCAUUUUGCAAACCUUCGGCUGCUCCUUCGUCCCGUUGACAGUAUUGUCUGAGUGACCAGUAGCACAUGGGAGAACUUCAACCCACCUUGAAGCACCUGGAGAGCCCCACUCACUGGACUGUCACUUACAUCCUCACCUAGCCCAAAUUCUGAAGGCCUCCUCCCCCCGCCCCCCAUCACAGAGCCGUAAUCCAGUGACUGCUACCCGGGUCCUGCUCCAGCACUGAUCACCGUUUACCACAUGUGUGUGUUCUCAGAGCACCCCCACCCCAGAGCGCUAGACGUUUGUUUACUGCUGGAGCUCUUCAUGGGCACGUCCAAAACGUACGGCUUUGUCAGCAGCCACAGCCGUUGCUUUCUGGCCUGUCCUCGGCGCCCCCUGCUGGUUGGCUGGAGAGGUAGCACAAAGACACGAGUCUGAUGAUCUGUGUGUGUAAUAUGUAUCUUGAAUGUCCAUGUAGACAUGUAUUAUACAAAUACAGGCAUCUGAUUUCAUCUGCAUUAAUUUAACAUUUCAUUUACCCCCCGCCCUUAUUCCAUAUUUAUUUUUCUAUAUAAAUGUUGAGAUUUCUGCAGUAUGGCUCCGAGGCUGUUUUGAGUGUUAAACUGUACAGUUUUUUUUUCUUUCUUUUAAUUAAUGUAAUGAUGAUGCUCCAGUCCUUGGUGAUGAUGGCUGAAAGCCUGAUGUUCACGCACCCAGGGUGCGUCAUGUGGUGGCGUCCUGAACGACAGGCACAGGGACCUGAAAUACCACAGUGGCUCAUCCGGUCUGCUGCUGCGUCCGUUUUCUCGCGGGCCUCAUGGAUGUGCUUUUGGUUGCUGGGGGAAGUUGUGGUUGCACCCGAUGCUCAUGUCGUCAUCGGUUCUGCUCCCUGUGAUGAGGUGUCCUGCUCGUCGUGCUGCCCCGAGACCUGGAGACCCAAGGAGCGUGUGCUGGUGGAGAACAUGUCUCUGCUCCCCCCCGGAGUACAUACUGUGUCAUGAGUUAAAGUCAAACGUCCCAGUGGCUUGGAGAGCAGAGAGGCAGGGUGGGGCCCCUUCACUGCGUGGCCUUUUGCAUUUCCUAAGCAGUGUCGAUGCUUAUAUAUGCUCAUGUUCCCCAGCACUUUUCUGAGCCCUGGAAACCAGGCUGGAGUUGUCAUGCAGCCCCAUCCCCACCUCCAAAGGCUUCCGGUAAAAGCACAGGCCCAAUCCUUCUCGGGACCCUAAUUUGAAUAACGUUUGUCAUCUUCCUUCCCAUUCUGCCAGGCUGAUGAGGGCCCCCUGGUGGCCACUGGGCCCAAAGCAGCCUCUUAAUUCUUGUAUGCCCUGUGCUGGCCCCGUACAUGGCUGUUCCCCUGAAAGUCUGUCGUACCCCCUUGCGUGUGUCCUCUCUGCUGCCAGCACGUCAGUGCUCAUGACCUCCAGGGGUCCUUUUUCAUUUUUUAUUUAAUUUCUUCUUAAGUGGAAUUUCAGCACACAUCAAUGGAUGUAACCUAAACAGCACCUUAUGAGAGUACCUGGGGCGUGUUCCCACGCCGUAGCUUUCCUUUAUUGUAUGUAAAUGAACUAUUUUUUAUGGAAAGGAUAAUUACAGGCAAAAAAAUCCUGCGUUUUGCAGUACGAUGUUCAGUCAAAGGCAAUAAUGUUGUGAUUCAGCACGAGGGCAGGUUCCUAGCCGGAAGGUAAGAUGACAUCCACAAGACAGCCACAGAAGCAGCUCUCCUUGCUGGCAGCCGGCGUCUCCCUGGGAAGAGGUUUUUCAGUUUGUUGACAUUACAGUAGCUUAUACUUUUAAAGAAAUGCCUUUUGUGUUGGGCCCAGCCCCAAGUAAAUCCCAACUGCGGGCCGGUCCUCGGUACUCUGGAGAGGAUUUCAGCCCGGAAGCACGGCUGAUGGCGUCUGCUGGCGCUGUGAUGACCCCGGAAAAUAAACAUUACUUACAAUCCCAUGCCCCAUGCUGUUUGGUCAUUCCAUUUAGCCUGCCUGUAGCUGCUACGUCUGACAGUCUGAUCCACGCCUUUCCCUGCUAGAAUUUAUUGCAGUCUUCCUCCAUUAUAACAAUGCCUAGGAUACCAUUAGCUUGGCUGUCUUCUGUGCUGUUGAAGCUACGUGUGGAGUUGGUUUUCUGCCCACUCAGCCCUCCCCCAUCCCAUAAUCUAAAGCCUUAUGCCAAAGCAUUUCUCAGGGUCCCUUGGUGUGGGAUUCAGACCGCUCGGAGGAUGAGGUCCUGCUCACGUGGUCUGGUCAUGUCUUCUGCAGGUGAGCUAUGACUUUACGCGUGGCCGUGUGCCAUCCCGCACUCAGCGUGAGCGCCAUCCCCUGGCCUCUCCUCCCCUCUUAGCUUUGUGACUUGUACUUGUAAACGAAUGUAUGUCCCUGCGUUUGAGUGAAGCUCUCAGUCCCGCGGGCAGGCGAGCCGACCGCGAGCAGAGCAGCUUAGUGAAGGGCUACACGCUGUGGCCACAGAGGGGCCCUCCAUGCACAUCUCAGCACCCCCUACAGGUGGAUGCCCACACGACGUGUGCGCACACUAACAGCAAUGCAUGUGUGGCCUAGCGUCACAGGAAGCCCGGUCUGUCUCACAGUGUCUGCACCGUCACGGUUAUAGCGGUCCAUCCAAGACGAUUUCCAAGCGGAGCCGUGGGCGGAGUCUAGUGGCCUUGUCAAGCUGUCAGACCCUGAGCACCAGGAGCCCUGGGUAGCCCUUUACGAAGACGCUUCAGCAGUAUCCAUAGUGGAGUUUGUCCUACUUUAUCUUUGUACGUACUGUAUGUAUGUAUGUAUUCACACAAGGCACAGACACACAUGUGUACUGCCUUCAAAGUCUGUGCGUCCACUUCCUGCGUCUGAACUCUCCCACUUAGCCAGAAGCUUUUUUUGUAUUGAAAUACUGAUGCUGGUGGUUUUCUUUUGUAUAAAUACAAUACUGUACAUGUUAUUGGUUGUCAAAUUUAGGCUGUAAAUUCAAAUAUUAAAUAAAUAUUUCAUCCAAUUAAA